UUCUUCUCGCACCCUCUUUUCGUUCACUUUUGUUCCCUGAAAUCGUAGCUACUGUUCUGCACUUCGAUUUUGCAUCUGUAAACUGAAAUGCUUUCGAUUCUUUUUCUUUCGAGUUCGACGGUUGUGAUUUCAAUAACGCUACAUUCUGUUUUAUGAAGAAACCCCAAACAAAGGCCUAGUAUACCGCGGCUUAAACCAGAGUGGUCAUGGCUAUGAGAUCCGCGGCGUCGGUGGCUCUUCGGGGCCUGAGGAGGUUCUCGUCGAAAACUUCUAUUUCAGGUUCUACUCGGGCUUCGAUCAAUCAAGAGCCCAGCUCCGACCUCUUGGUUUCUGAUAUAGCUGGGACAUAUGGUCGUACAUUCCGUGAGAGGAUGACCAAUUACAUGGCUACUCUCGACAUCAAUUCACAGAUCGGAAGCUGCAUGCCGCUUUCUGCAAUGCGUAUCGGUACAAUGAUCCACAACAUCGAAAUGAAUCCGGGUCAAGGUGGGAAGCUGGUUCGAGCAGCAGGAACAUGUGCAAAGAUACUGAAAGAGCCAACAUCAAGAUACUGCUUGGUGAGGCUCCCUUCAGGUACUGAGAAGUUGAUCGAUUCUCGAUGCAGGGCGACGAUUGGUCAGGUGUCUAACCCAAGCCAUGGAACUAAGAAACUGAGAAAGGCAGGGCAGAGCCGGUGGUUGGGUCGACGACCGGUGGUUCGGGGUGUGGCGAUGAACCCGGUGGAUCAUCCUCAUGGAGGAGGUGAGGGUAGGAGCAAGAGUAGUGGGAGCUUUGGCAAAGGGUCUCGCACACCUUGGGGGAAGCCUACCAAGUCAGGUUACAAGACUGGACCUCUCAAGCGCAAGAAAUAGAACAAAUUUCCAUCUUUUUUCUAAUCUCUUUUAAAGCUAUUUUUCUUUAGGAUAAUCUGAAAAUGCUCUCUUUUUGGCCUUUUUGAUCGAGUUGAGUUACACUUUUACCCUCAAGGUCAUAUUUGCAGGAAAUUCGUAUAGAAUUUUUCCACAUUUCUGUGAAAUGAAGUGUAUGUAGUCUGUAGAACAACUGAGCCUUUGAUUUUCCCCAUGCUGAAUGAUUUUAGAUUACGUGUGGUUUAAAAUGUUGGAAAGAAAUUUUAUCA